AUGGCUACGGUUGUGGAAAUGACAAUUGAAAAGAUCGACGAGGUGAAGUCACGGCUCGGCCGAACGUUGGGAACUCCAAUGAGGUUGCGUGACUUGAUAAGACAGGUUCGUGCAGCACGUACUAUGGCGGAGGAACGGGCAGUAGUUGAUCGAGAAAGUGCCAAUAUAAGAGAAACUUUCAGGGAUGACGAGAGUCCGUGGAAAUGUAGAAAUAUUGCUAAACUCUUAUACAUACACAUGCUUGGGUACCCAGCUCAUUUUGGUCAAAUGGAAUGCAUGAAAUUGGUAGCGCAACCGCGUUUCACUGAUAAGAGGAUCGGGUAUCUCGGUGCGAUGCUUUUACUGGAUGAACGUUCUGAGGUUCACUUGCUUGUUACCAACUCUUUAAAGAAUGAUUUAAAUGCAUCCUCUCAAUUUGUUACUGGUCUUGCAUUGUGUACAUUUGGAUCAAUUUGCUCAUCGGAAAUGUGUCGAGAUUUAGCCGGAGAAAUUGAAAGACUUGUCAAGUCGAGCAAUACUUAUAUACGAAAAAAGGCUGCUUUAUGCGCAUUCAGAAUUGUAAGGAAAGUUCCAGAGUUAAUGGAGAUGUUUAUUUCAUGUACGAAGGCUCUUAUAAACGAAAAAAAUCAUGGUGUUUUAAUGGGAGGAAUAACACUUGUAACAGAGAUGUGCGAAAAAAGUCCAGACGUACUAAACCACUUCAAGAAGUUGGUGCCGAAUCUUGUACGUAUACUUAAGAAUCUUCUUAUGAGUGGUUAUUCUCCAGAACAUGAUGUUACCGGAAUUAGUGACCCAUUUUUACAGAUUAAAAUCUUAAAGCUUCUUAGAAUUCUUGGUCGUGAUGAUGCUAAAACUAGCGAAGAAAUGAAUGAUAUAUUGGCACAGGUAGCAACUAAUACAGAAACUUCAAAAAAUGUCGGGAACGCUAUACUCUACGAAACUGUGUUGACCAUUAUGGAAAUCAGAAGUGAAAGCGGUCUUCGUGUACUUGCGGUUAAUAUCCUUGGCAGAUUUCUUCUGAAUCCUGAUAAAAAUAUUCGAUACGUUGCUCUCAACACACUUUUGAAAACUGUAGUUGUGGAUUACAAUGCCGUACAGCGACACAGAACUACCGUCGUCGACUGCCUUAAAGAUCCAGAUGUAUCAAUCAGGAAACGCGCAAUGGAGCUUUGCUUUGCUCUUAUAAAUCAAACGAAUAUCACGAAUAUGAUCAAAGAAAUUCUGAUAUUUCUUGAAACAGCUGACCCUGAAUUUAAAGCUGAAUGUGCUUCAAAAAUGUAUGCCGGGAAUUACGUUCCCGAUGAAGUAGUGUCUUGUAUGAUCCAGCUUAUAUCGUCUCAUUCGGAACUACAGCAGUAUGCAGCUGCCCAGUUAUACAGAGCAGCGCAGACUGAUGUGGUUAANGCUCAGCCGUUACUGCAGGUUGCUUUUUGGACAGUUGGAGAGUUCGGUGAUCUUUUAAUGCAAGCGAAUGAGGAAGAGCCUGUUAGGAUAGAAGAGGGUGAUGUGAUUGCAGUUUUCGAACGUAUUCUUCCCAGCGCUUUAACUAGUAUUAUUACCAAAGAAUAUGCAUUGUCGGCAUUAGUAAAACUAGACACUAGAUUUAGCCUUACUAAUGACCGUAUCCGAAGUCUUGUUGCUGCCAACCAAACACACCAUAACCUUGAACUACAGCAGCGAUCUGCUGAGUUCACUCGAGUUUUAGGUCAAGGAGAGUUAAAUUCCAUAGCUGUUGAGGAGUCCGAUUUGGAUAAACGUCGGGAACCUGUUGUCAGCCUGUUGGGAGAAGACGUCGAGCCACCCCAGUCAAUCGAUCUGCAAUCAGGUGGCAGUAGUCGUGGUCUCGCUGAUCUUAUGGACCUAAUGAAUCUGAGUGCGGUUGUUAACGGUGACGUGAACAGUGAAAAAAUCCUGGGGUUAGAAUCUGAUGAGCGGAACAAUGAAGUUCCUAGUAAUCCUUCGACUUCUUCUGUCAAUCCGGACCCGUUCGACAUUUUUUCUUCUACGAAACCAGUCGAAUUACCAAAACCUGAGGAACCUUCUACAGUGGCUAUAAAAUCAAACGGCAUUGAGGGGAUAAUUUAUGUAGAGAAUGAUUUCAAUGGGUCUAGUCCUGCACUUCUUCGUCUUGUUGUUACAAAUAACAAUCCCGGAGCUUUGGAGAAUUUUGUAUUCCAAGCUGCAGUCACUAAGGCUUAUCAAAUUGAGCUUUUACCCCCGUCAAGUAACACAGUUCCUGGCAAUGGUCAAGGCUCAAUAACACAAAGCAUGAAGAUCAAACGCAUCUCUAAUACUCAACCUCUCAAGAUGAGGUACAAAACGCUUUACUGCUUAAAUGGUCAAAACCAGCUUAUUGAAGGGUUGGUAUCGAAGAUUGAGGGUUUGCAGUAA